CUUCCCCCUGGCAACAUGCGUUAUCCGUAGGAUCAGGUGACGGGGUCCAGCAGACGGUAGUCCAACAACCGAGUGUCUUAAAUUAUUGUCCGUGUUUUUUGUGAUGGUGUUAUAAAAGAGAUUGACAGGAUGAUGCCCAUCGGGAAUCUCAAUGAAAGGAGUUAUAUUCUGGAAGACGGGAAAAGGAACUUUUCUGAGGAGAGGGGAAGCAGUUUUGACUCUAACGAAAAUGCGUUUGACGACAUGAAACAACUUAUAACCGAUGAAGAAUCGGACAAGACCAACACUCUUCCAUGGGCCAGUUUCAAUUUCAUCAACUCCAUACUAGGGAGUGGAGUAAUCGGUAUUCCUUAUGCCCUACACGAAGCUGGUUUUGGUUUUGGGCUGUUACUAUUAAUCUUCGUGGCUGUGGUGACAGAUUAUUCCUUGAUUCUGAUGGUCCGAAGCGGUCACAUCAGCGGCAAGUUCUCAUACCAGGGCAUCAUGGAAGCUGCUUUCGGGAGAGCUGGAUAUUACCUUCUAGGAUUACUUCAGUUCGUUUAUCCAUUCAUAGCUAUGGUUUCGUACAAUAUCGUGGUGGGUGACACUGUGACGAAGGUGAUAAUGAGGCUAACAGGUCUGGGCCCGGAUUCCCUAUUUGCAAAAAGGGAGGUCAUCGUUCUCAUAGCCACCAUCUUCAUCGCGAUACCUCUAUGUUUGUACAGGGACGUAGCAAAGUUGGCCAAGAUCUCCUUCUUGAGCUUGAUAUGCAUCGUCUUCAUUCUCCUCUCUAUAUUCGUGAGGAUUGGAUCCAUAAGUAAUAUAGUACCACAACAUCACGAUUCCUGGAGAUUCAUAAACAAAGAUAUAAUUCCUGCAAUCGGCAUAAUGGCAUUCGCAUUCAUGUGCCACCACAACACGUUCUUGAUAUACGGAUCCAUAGCUGAACCAAACCAAAAGAAAUGGGAAAUUGUGACUCAUGCUUCAAUAGCAACCAGUUUGAUUGUGGCUAUUCUGUUUGGAAUUGCCGGAUAUACAACUUUCAAGGCAUAUUCACAAGGGGACCUGCUGGAAAACUACUGUUGGGACGACGAUCUGAUGAACGUCAGCAGGCUACUCUUCAGCGUGCAGAUCCUGCUCACCUAUCCGAUCGAGUGCUUCGUUACCAGAGAGGUGAUAGAGACCUCCCUUUUCGGCAGAGAUCCCAACGUGCCCACUUCCGAAAAGGUGCACUAUCUUCUCACGCUGGGUAUCGUCGCAACCACUUAUGGCAUUUCCAUCACCACGUAUUGUUUGGGAGUUGUUUUGGAAUUGAACGGUGUUUUGGCAGCCGUUCCCCUAGCUUACGUCUUACCAGCAUUGUGCUAUCUCCAACUAGAAGAAGGCUUCAUCUUCUGCAGGAAAAAAUUGCCAGCACUCGGAGUGGUUCUAUUCGGACUCACAGUGGCCAUAUUAGGUGCCGUCUUCCUCAUAAUCGAUUUCGAUCAGAUCGACACUUGCAUCGAAGGGACUGUUAUGGAGUAUUGCAAUACAACUAGUCUUGUUGUGAAUCAAACUAUUAGGGCCUAAAGCUUGAAUGAAUCUGAAUAAUCUAGGUGCUUUUAUGCAUAUUGACAUCGCUAUACAAUGUUGGUUGAAGAGAGAAAUCAUGAGUUCUAUCAAUCUUGGAGAUGUUGAGAACCUAACCUGACGCCUGACGCCAUCUUUGAAAUGAAUAUUUGAUGUCACAUCGGCACAUAUACAGGGU